AUGGCCAACGAAGAAGAAUCUGAGUUGUUUUCAUUUUCCACUCGUUCCCUUUCUGAUUCAGAGAUUGCAUUCAUCGCACGAUGCCAACACUUGAAUCUUCACGAAAGUGAUGAUUUGAACGAUAGUUAUGAAUCACAUGUGAAGCUUAAUUUCAUGUUUGAGAAUUCCGGGAUUUGUCGUGCUUACAUUGCAUUUCAAGCAUGGAAAAUUGCCAUAUAUUCGGACCCUUUUAACACCACAAAGAAUUGGAUUGGUCCCAAGGUUUGUGAUUACAAAGGGGUCUUCUGUGCACCAUCCCUGAGUGAUCCCAAGUCGACAGUCAUUAUCAGUGUCGAUCUUAACCAUACCGACAUUGCUGGAUAUCUACCUGCUAAGCUAGACCUAUUGACUGAUUUGUCUCUGUUGCAUAUAAACUCUAAUCGAUUUUGUGGGAUCAUUCCCAAGAGUUUCUCCAAGCUUACUCUUCUACAUGAAUUAGAUGUUAACAAUCGUUUCGUUGGUCAUUUUCCCAGAGUUGUUAUAUCAAUACCCUUACUUAAGUACCUUGAUUUAAGGUACAAUAACUUCGAAGGAGAAUUGCCUUCAGAGUUGUUCGAGAAGGACUUAGAUUCAUUGUUCUUGAACAAUAAUCGGUUUGUAUCAAACAUCCUAGAGAUGUUUGGCUCUUCUCCUACCUCUGUCAUCGUUGUUGUCAAUAAUAGGUUUUCUGGUUGUAUUUCGAACAUCAUCGGCAAGAUUAAGAACACAUUGAACGAGAUUGUCUUCCAAAACAACAAUCUCACGGGCUGCUUGCCAAUGGAGAUUGGGAAUCUUGGAAAUGUAACGGUUUUGGACAUCGCUUCGAAUAUUUUCAACGGUGUUUUGGCAAAGACAUUUAAAGGGCUAGGCAAAAUUGAAGAACUUGAUGUUACAAAUAACAUGUUGACGUGUUUCGUGUUAGAUGAAGUCUGCUGGUUGUCGAGCAUAAAGAUAUUUCGGUUUUCUUACAACUAUUUCAAUGGCGAGGUUGAAUCAUGCCUACAAUUGAAGGGGAAAGACAUUGUCUUCAACGAUGUUGGUAAUUGUUUUCCCGAUAGGCCUAAGCAGAAGUCAGUUAAAGAAUGUCAACAGGUGGUAAGUCGACCAAUCGAAUGCGGUAAGUCAAAAUGUGGUGGCGGUGGCGAUCAACCACCACCGAAGCCACUACCCCCUAAACCGAAACAACCUCCUAUGCCUAAACCAACGGAUGAUGAUGACCCUUAUGACCAAUCACCUGUUAAAAGGCAGUGGCCUCCAGUUACACCAAAAAAAUUGCCUCCACCAGUUGUUAAGCCUCCUAUCCACUGCCCUCCCUCGCCAGUUAUUUCUCCUCCACCUCCAGUUUGUUCACCCCACCUCCGGUUCACCCUCCACCACGACCAAUGUACUCUCCACCUCCUCCAAUUCAAUCACCACUACCACCACCACUAG